CCCCCAGACACGAUAUGUAGAUGCGUCGACCCCCCCCCCCGCGCUGCAGCAUGGACUCGUCCAGUUCUCAUCACCGGAGCGAAUCGAUAGUUAAAGAAGCUUGAAUAUAGCAGCUCUGUUUCUGCGCCGGCUGACGUGACAUCACGAGUCUUCAGUGAGGAAAACAAUGGAGGAACAGAAGCUGAAAGAUCCUAUUAAUAAAGUGUCUCUUAUCAAAGAUGAGCUGAGCAGGAGCACCGUGGAGGCCAGUGAGUCUGAGAAGGUCAUCCAGCAGCUGAACCAGGAACUGCAGGAAGCCAAUGAACAGGCCAACUCGGGCAAACGCAAGUGUAUUGAACUCCAAGGUCUGUUGGAGGAGGAGAAAAGAGCCAAUAAGCAGCAGGCGGAGGAAUCAGCAAAACAGAUAAAGGUCUUACAGACUCAGCUCCAGAAGCUGCAGGAAGAUAUGGAGAAUCUCAGGGAUCAGAAGGACAGCUCAAUCUUCAGCUUGCGACAGGAAGUGCGCACAGCUCAGGAGGAAGUGCAGGUGUUGCGCCGCACUAUGGAGAAAACCGCAGCCGAGCGAGAGCAUGAGGUCAGCGCACUGAAAGGGAACCUAGCAACACUAACUUCCGAGCUGGAGAAAUGGCAGUUGGCUGCAAACAAGUAUGAGCGUGAGCUCGACAGUGUACAGGCCAGUCACCAGCAGCAGAACCAGCAGAGAGACAGAGCUGCCAAGCAGCAAGCGAGCGAGCUGGAGCGGCUGCAGAAGGACUGUGAGAGCCUGAGGAGGGAGUGUGCGUCUCUGAGGUCAGAGAGAGAGCAGCUGGCUGAUAAACAGCAGAAAGAGAAGAUCAGCCUGCAGAGUGAGAGCAGCACCCUGCGCUCAGAGAAAGAACAGCUGCUGAAGAAACAGCAGCAGCUGGAGAAAGAGCUGGACAGCUCCAAGAAACAGAGCACAAGCCUGAGCAACACGGUCAAGACACUGGAGAAGACGCAGGCAGACCUGGAGAAACGACUGUGCGUCCUGCAGGAGGAACACCAGAGAGCCACCAGCCAGCUGGAGCAAAGCAAUAGCAGGAUCAAAGAACUGCAGAAAGAGUAUGAGGAGAUCCAGGCAGAGCUGUCAGGCCUCAGGGGGAAGUAUGAGAAUGCAGAGGAGGAGAAACGCUCCUUCAAUCUGGAGCUGCAGCAGAGCCAAGAGCGCCUGAGGCUUCUGCAGGACAAAGAAAACCAUCUGUCUUUAUUGCAGCCCAUCCUAGCCGUAGCCAUCGGCCUUGUCCUGGCUUUGCUGUAUUGGUGCUUGGGCCCAUUGUGGUAGAAAGGGAAAAUGGAUCAGGUGGAUGCCCGUCGCUGCUGUGACCAUUGCCGUGACGGGGUAUUUGCUUUCAAAGACCUCAAAAUGAACAACGUGAUGAACCAGUAACAAGCACAUGCACCAUGACAUGCAUACCUAGUAAAUGUUUCUCAAACGUGUUGACAUUUGUAUCAUUUUAGUCUGUGUGGUGUUAGUUUGAGUAACGAGUGUUUAAAUGCAACUUCUUACUCAAGUAUCGAAGGCCUUAGAAUAAUAACAUGUCACAAGGUUCCCUCAUUUGCACCAUAUAUCUUUUUUUUUUAAAUUACAGGUCCUGUAUGCAUUGCAUUUUGAAGUAUCUGGCUUAUAACUGAUAUUUUAUUGAACACUGUUGCUUUGCCAAACAAACACUUAGUGAAUUGCCUUAUAUAACAUAACCUUAGAUAAACAAACAUUUAUACCUCCCUGAACGAACACUUCCGUGAGAAAUGAUUCAGAAUUGUAAAGCCCAUUGCAAUAACAUAUUCAAGACCAUUGAGAUCCAUUAAGUUUUAACUCGAUCAUAUGUUUUGUAGCUUAAAGGUCUAAAUCUGCCAUAUAAUGUGUUUGUGUCUUUGCACCUUAUACGAAGCCAUUAGUGAUUAGUCUAUGCACUGUACUUUAUUGUGGUAAGGAUUUGAGAUAUUAUUAAAUAAUGAUGAUAAGCAAUGUUUACUUAGGACAUUAGAGCGCUUAUGUGUCCGAAAGAGACCUAAUAGAGUGUUUAUGAUUUGUUAUGUUUAUUACUUGUACAGAGAUUUACGCAAAAACUACCCGUUAUAACAGAUAUGAUCAUUGCAAUAAAUAAGCAAAAGUGAAGUUCAA